AUGUUUAAAAAAAUAUUCAAACGAAAUCAAAAUAAUAAUAAUAAUAUCGUCGAUGAAAAAAAUUCAUUAUCAUUUAUAAAUCGUUAUUAUAUAUUUCUUAAAGCUCAUUAUUUUUUUUUAUAUGCAACAUUUGGUUCACUUCUUCCUAUAUUAAAUAUAACAUUAAGAAAUCGUGGUCUUUAUGAUGUUGAAAUAUUAUAUAUGAAUAUAAUUGUACCAUUUAUUAUAUUUCUAACAAAUCCAUUAUUAGGAUUAUUCGUGGAUCGUCUUCGUCGUUUUCGUCUUAUAUUUAAUAUAAUAUUAAUAUUAUCAGCAAUAUUUCUUAGUAUUAUGUUUUAUUUACCAUCAUUAAAAUCUUAUUCAAUUGAUGGACAUAUUUAUAAAAGUGAUACAAUGGAAUAUUCAUUAACUUUUUGUUCAAAUAAACAAUUUGCUGUUAAAUGUUCAUUAAGAUCAAAAUGUGGAUGUACUUAUCAAACUUUUUGUAGAUCAUUAAUAAAAAUUAAAAAUAAUUUAGAUAAUAAACCAAUAAAAACAUUUCGUUUUAAUUUUACAAUUGAUUCAACAUAUAUUAAUAAUGAUUAUCAAAAUAUAUCUUUAAUAACAAAUAAUACUUCUCAAUGUCUUGUUAAUUAUCUUUUACCAAUUGAUCAAACAAUUAAUAUGUAUAAAAUUGAUCAACCUGUAGAUUUGUUUGACGAAAAUGAUGGAUCAUCAAUAAAUCUCUAUGAUAAAAUAGCAAUAUGUUAUGUUCGAUGUUCAAUAGAUAAUAUAUGUUAUUCAUCACGUUAUCCAAAACAAAUUCUAUAUAUAUUAUUAUAUAUAUUUUUAACUAUAAUUGGUCUUGUUCUUUUUGGAAUAGCAACAACAUUAUCUACUACAAUUACUUUUAUUGCAUUAGAUAAUCCAAAUUUAUUUGGUAGACAACGUGCUUGGGGUACAAUAGGUACUGGAUUAGCAGCUUUUAUUGUUAGUCGACUUUAUUUACAUUUUAAAAAAGAAUAUAUUUACAUAUUAUCAUUAAUUAUAUGUACAAUUAUUUGUGUAAUUAGUACAAGUUUCAUUAAAUUAAAAUUUGAUAAAUUUAAACAAUCUAAAAAAAAUAUUUCAAAUCAAUCUCUUAAAAAUAAAUCCAAAGAUUUUUCUCUUGAUAAUAAUCAAGGUGAAGAUAAUAGUACGGAAAAUAAUUUAACAAAAAUUCAAUUACUAAUUCCAUUAUUAAAACAAAUCGAUGUUAUAGUUUUUCUCUUAACAACAUUUGUUUGGGGAACAUCAUUUGGUGUUCUUGAUCCGUUUGUAAUAUUACAUAUUGAUGAAAUAUCUCCAUGUCAAUCUCAUUCAAUAGCAGGAUAUAUGUCAUUAUUAACAUCAUUAAUCGAACUUCUUGCUUUAGUUUUUGCUCGAAAAAUUCUUAUAAUUCUUGGUAAAAAUAAAUGUUCAAUGUUAAUAUUUAUUGCAUUUUCAAUACGUUUCUUUGGUUAUUAUUCAAUUGUUCGACCUUAUUUUAUAUUAAUUGUUGAAACAAUGCAUUUUUUUAAUUUUGGUAUAUUAUAUGUAUUUAUUUGUGAAAAAGCUCUUAAUAUUGCUCCAAAUGGUCUAUCAGGAACACUUCAAGGUUUAGUUUAUGGAAUUUGUUUUGGUUUAGGUCGUGGUGUUGGUCUAAUUAUGUCUUUAUUAAUUUCAAUGUGGUUAAAUAAACGACGUCUAUUUUUAAUAUGGUCGAUAUUCAAUUUAAUAAUGUGUAUUUUUUAUUUAAUAUAUUAUAUACUUAAUAAACGAAGAAAAGCAUCUGUACUUAAUUUCAAGACCAAUAAAAAUAAUUUAUCUGAAAAUAUUUUGCGAGAGUCGGAAUUAAAUCCAACAGAAAAAAUCUUAAAAUAA